AUGCUACGGCACGUGGUGCAGCCGAGCGUCGUGACCUUCAACACCCUCAUCACCUGGGGGCUCGCCGGGGCGCUCUUCUGGGAGCUGAGGCGCGCCGCCCUGCAGCCGACGGCGCGGACCUACAACGCGUCUCUCGUUGCGUGCGGGCACGCCCAAAACUGGGAGCGCGCCCUGUGCCAUCUCGCCGAGAUGCGCGCCCAGGGGGUCGCCCCCGACCGCGAGACCCGCGCCCUCGUUCUGCGGACGCUGGCCGCCGGACUGGAGGCACGGCAGGCGCUGCAGCGGGAGGCGGUCAUGCAGGUGCUCUACGAGGACUUUGCCUUUGCCGGCGGGCUCGACGACGGCAGCCCUGCUGCCCAGGCACCCCCAGCACACGCACGUCGGCCCUGA